AUGCCUGCCCUAAACAUUUUUUUGCGUGUACAUAUUUAAAAAUGAAAUUAAAUUUUUCUUUAUUCUAAAAUUGAUACUUUGCUGAUACUUAUACAUAUUAAAAAGACUCUUAAAAUACUUAUAUGUGUUCGUGUUUAUAGAUUAAAGUGAAUUAUUUAGAAAAAUGCAUCCUGCAGGCUCAAAUGAGAACCAAUCAACAUUCAAGCUUUCGCCUGAAGAUGCAGCGGAAUUAAAAAAUAUCAGAGUCUUAUUGUGGGGAGCUUCAGCGUGCGACAAUUAUCAUUCUAGUUUUGUCAGAUGGAGUCAAGGUUUUGUUUUCAGUAGCGAUGAACAAAGCGCGUUAGUUCAAAAUGCUGGGGGUCCUUGUAGUGUAAUUGCAACUGUUCAGGCUUAUAUAUUGAAACAUCUUAUAAUGGAACUUCCAGCAAGUCAUCAUUUUAAAGAUCUAACAUCAGAAAAAUGCAAAACAAUUCUUAUUAAAGCUGUUUGUAAUAUGCUCAUAAAUUGCAAAGAAAAAGCAACAAUAAGAAUAGUUUUAUUGGAUAAAUUGAAUGCUGAUGUAGAGAAAGCAUUGGAGUCUUCUGAACAGAAAUUUCAAGAAAAGCAGAAAACUGAGCAUAUGGAAAUAUCACUGAAUCAUGAUGAUAUCAGUGGAGAAAGUGAUGGCGAUUAUGUGUUACAAUCUCGUGAAAGUGAUCUCUCUCCAGAUCAUUUUCAUGAACGCCUUUUCAUUCAUGAUUUCGACACCAUUGAAGAAGUCGAAAAGUUUUAUUCUGAAAAUUUCAAUAUAUUAAGCAAUCGUUAUGGGGUUCUUCUUCAUCUUUAUAGUGUCCUUUUUACUAAAGGAAUCGAUAACGUGUUAAACGAAAUAUCCGACACUUCCGAACCUCUUAUACAUUCAUCAUUUGGCUACGGAUCUCAAUCUCUAAUUAAUCUCAUGUUAACGGGACGUGCUGUGCAGCAUGUUUUUGAUAAUGAUCAAAAUAUAGGUGGAAUGAAAUUAAAAGGAAUUGACCGCCAAUCCGAUAUUGGUUUCAUAACUCUUAUGGAACAACUUCGUUAUUGUACAGUUGGAAGCUUCUAUAAAAACCCUAAACAUCCUAUUUGGGUGAUGGGAUCGGAAACACAUUUAACGGUGCUAUUUAGUAACGAAAAAAGUCUUGUGUCACCAGAAACCCCUGCUGAACACGCACGACGCAUCUUUAGUCAAUACGAUACUGAAAAUUCAAGUUUCAUUUCAAGUGCUGUUUUACAAGAUAUUCUAAGUGCUUUGGGACUUGAAAGUGAUGCUGGGUACGUUGAGAUUAUGAGAAAAAAACUUGAUCCAGAUGGAACAAGUAUCAUCUUACUUAGUGAUUUCAUGUAUGAAUUCUUCCCCGAUGACAAAAAGUCAACACCCGACACAUUUAAUUUAUACCAUUAUAAUGGCAUACCAAACUCGAACGAUGCUCAUAAAGUACGUUACAGUCACGGAAAAGCAAUUUUACUUGAAAGUCAUAUCGGGGAUAUGUGCAGCCAAUCAAAUCCAAUGUUGACGUGCUUGCAAACAAAAUGGCCAAAUAUUGAAAUUAAUUGGGACUCGCGAGUACCCUCAUUAAAUUGACCAAAUUAUCAGUUGCCUUCUGAUAGAUGAUAUCCAUUUUUUCAAGCCUUAAACCGGAAUAUUAUUGUAUUGUGCUGAUAUAAGAAGUACAGUUAUGUUCUAAUUAAUCAUUCAUCGGUAUAAACAAAUUUCUGAGAACAAAAAUAUUAUUUUUAUUUUUUCUUGUGUAGAUAUUUCAUCAUAGAGUUUAUUUUCAACAAGCUGACUAUCUGUUUUUAAAUGGAAGAAUUUUCCAGUUGCUUUAAUCUUUUUCUUCUGAAUUAUAUAGAUAAGUACUUUUAUUUUCAGGUUAUUACCUGAUUUAUUAUCAUGUUCAUUAAAACCAAAUAAAAGUCAUUCAAAUCAAGAAACACACAUCACAAUAAUAUAUCCUACGAUUUACGACAAUUCAUUUGAUUUCAGAUUAUAUCGAAACUUUAGAGUGUGUUGAAAUUGAGUUUAUAUUUUUUUCAAAAUAAAUAUUACCUAUGUCUUUUAUCAAAGUUUCAAUUCAACAUUUUACAUUAAUAAAUAAUGUUUCUCACU